CAAACCCAAAACAAAGUAAGAGGAAAAUAGAACAGGAGAGUCCAGAGUUCAUUCAGUGGGAGACUCAGCCCCAACUGGGCAGUACUCUAAUACCAGAGUGGAGUGAAUGCAACUACAGAGGAUUGGAACUGUAGCAUAAGACAAAGAGAGGGCCUCAGAUUUUGCAUUCUACCAUCAGUGCAAGAUAAUUUACAGGUAUGGGAAAGAGUGAAAGUGAGAGAGGGAGACAGAAGAGAAAGACUCCAUGGUAGCCAUAUGCGACAGCAGAGGGAGAGGUGAAGAUCAAAGGCAAAACAAUAGAGAUUCAAAACACACAGCAAACACUGGGCUCAUCACAGAUUUGUAGUCUAACCAUAUAGAAAUUGUGGGGUCCAUAUACUGUAUAGGAUGGUAUAUGGAUUUUCUGGGAAAAUCUGCUCUUUUCAACAUUUGGAGCAGAUGCAAGAGGCUAUUUUAAAAUGAUCACUACUGUGCCAAAAGGCAGCUCUAGAGGCUAAGGGCAUUGCAUCAUCUACUCUGGGACCCUAGUGCAAGUGACAUGGGAUUGUUCUCUAAGUCUUAGCAUGCAGAAUGCCUCAAGCCAGAGAGGAAAAACUGAGACAGAAUCACAAAGUAUUCUAUGUUGUGGAUAUGUGGUCUGAGCCACGGAUCGGAAUGAGACUCACUAGCUCCCUGGAAGGGGGAUGAGCAAGUCUGGGGCUGGAGAGACGGGUCAGCAGUUAAGAGCUCUUGCUGCUCUUGCAGAGGGCCUGGGUUUGGUUCCCAGCAGAUAGUUCAACUGAAAGAAUAUGGAUGAUCAAAAGAAAUCCAGCCAAUAACCUUAUCUCAGAUGCAGAAAUUCCAUUGCAGAAUCACAAAAAACAUGAAAAGUCAAGGUAACAUGAGUCUUUGAAAAAUUACCAAGUCCACAGUAAUGGAUACCAAUGAGAAUGACUCAGCUGAAAUCAUGGACAAUAAUUCAAGAAUGAUUAUUAGAACAAAGGGUAACAAAAUUAGAGAAUACAAACUUCUGAAUGAAUCUAGAGACCACAAACAGGUGAAUAAAAUAAGGAAGUUCAAAAAAAUUCUACAGAAUAUUCCACCCUAGCCUUACAGGCAGAAUACACAUUCUUCUCAGCAGCCCAUGGAAUUUUCUUUAAAAUAAACCACAUAUUAGGACACAAAGCAAGUCUUAACAAAUACAAAGAGAUUGAAAUAAUUUCCUGUAGUCUAUCUGGCCACAAUGGAAUAAAAACUAGAAAUUAAUAGCAAGAUAAACUACAGAAAAUGCAGAUACAGAGAUUGAAGAAUACAGUAUUGAUUAAAUGAUCUAUGGUUCCUCAAAGAAAAUAGGAGGGAAAUUUAAAAAUUCCUGGAGUUCAGUAAAAAUGAAAGUAACAUACUUAGAAUUGUGAAAAUGGUUCUAAGAGAGAAGUUUAUACAGUUGAAAAAAUCAGAAAAAUAAAGACAGUGGUGAUGACACACACCUUUGAUCCCGGCUUUGGAGGCAGAGACAGGUCUUAAGAGAAGCAAUCAUAAUCGGGCUCCCAAAUCACUGAACGGAAAGAGUAGAAAAUACUGAAAUGGAAGUGAAACACAGCCAGGAGGUGGACCCAGGGCUCCCCAGGCCUUGCUGAGACUUCCCGAGAGAUCCAGCGCCAAGUCCCCACACUUCUCGGAGUCUAUUUCCUCAUCUAUGAAUAGAUAUGACAGUCAUAGAUAGUGCUCAGAGUUGCUGUGGUGGUUAAGAAGAGGUGAUGUGUGCGCCAUUGUGCCUGGGAUAGAUUGCUAAUACAUUAUGGUGGACUCUUUUAUUAGUGCCAUCAUGUAGGAUUCGUCAUUGUGUGGCAGAGCAGCAGUGCGGUGAGGUUGAGGUGGCUGGAGCAGCUGGGCGGUGACAAUAAAGGCCUGGAGGAGCAGCUGGUUUAAGGCCCCCAUAGACAAAGAUGGGGCAAGGUCUUGGCGGGAUAAAGGCCCACGUGGAGUCGGAUGGAAGAUGGAUCCUUCGAAGGGGAUGCGGGGGUGGAGGCGGUACAAAUCGAGUCCGAGGGCCCUGGCUCUGAGUUUCCCCGGGAGGAGCCGGUCUGCAGCUGGGGAGCUGCCAGCUGGGCGGGCACGCGCUUCUGCCGGUGGCUCUCGUCCUGCCACCUGCUGGGCGGCCAGCUAGAGCCAUGGGCGGCCUAGUGCUCCUGCUCCUGCUCCUGCCUUUCCUGGAACCCCGGGCAGCCCCAACCUUUGGUCCAGCCCUAAGGGCCCUCUCCAGCGAAACCUUGGGUAUCUCCGAAACCCGAAGUGCUGAAACCAGUAACUACUCAAUUUAUUACUUCGACCAGAAGGUUGAUCAUUUUGGAUUUUUUAAUACAAAAACUUUUAAGCAGCGGUACCUAGUAUCUGAUACAUACUGGAAGGCAUUUGAUGGUGUAAUACUUUUCUACACUGGUAAUGAAGGGGACAUUAAUUGGUUUGCAAAUCAUACGGGGUUCAUGUGGGAUGUGGCUGAGAAGCUGAAAGCUAUGUUGGUGUUUGCUGAACAUCGUUACUAUGGGGUGUCGCUGCCCUUUGGUGAGGAGUCAUUCAAGGAUUCCAAGCACUUGAAUUUUCUGACAUCAGAACAAGCUCUGGCUGAUUAUGCAGAGUUAAUCAGACACUUGCAAAGGACAAUCCCAGGAGCUGACAGUCAACCUGUCAUCGCUGUAGGAGGCUCUUAUGGUGGUGUGCUUGCAGCCUGGUUCAGGAUGAAAUAUCCUCACCUGGUAGUUGGAGCCCUUGCAGCUUCUGCCCCCAUCUGGCAGUUUGAGGAUUUGGUUCCCUGUGGUGUGUUCAUGAAGAUUGUAACUGAUGAUUUUAAGAAUAGUGGUACAAAAUGUUCACAGAGUAUCCUCAGGUCCUGGGGUGCCAUUAACCGAAUCUCAAAUACAGGCACUGGUCUAGCAUGGCUUACUAAAACCUUCCACAUAUGUCACUCCCUAAGUUCUGAGGAAGUACAACGUUUGAAAGACUGGAUCUCUGAAACCUGGGUGAACCUGGCCUUGGUGAACUACCCUUAUCCAACUAACUUUUUAAAGCCUUUGCCUGCUUGGCCUAUCAAGGUAGUGUGCGAGUAUUUGAUAAAUCCUCAUUUGUCUGAUUCACUGCUCUUGCAGAGUAUUUACCAAGCUGUGAAUAUAUAUUAUAAUUAUUCAGGCCAGAUGAGAUGCAACAAUAUUUUUGAAACGGCAAUUGCCAGUUUGGGAUCCCAGGUUUGGGGCUAUCAGACCUGCACAGAAAUAAUCUUGCCUUUUUGUACUAAUGGCAUUGAUGACAUGUUUGAACCCCGUGAUUGGAACUUAGACAACUUUUCUGAUGACUGUUUUAAACAGUGGGGUGUGAGACCACAGCCUUCCUGGAUCACUACCAUAUAUGGAGGCAAAAAUAUCCAUACACACUCGAACAUUAUUUUCAGCAAUGGUGAGCUAGACCCAUGGUCAGGAGGUGGAGUUACUGAAGAUCUCUCGGAUUCCCUGGUGGCUGUUAACAUCCCAGAGGGGGCCCACCAUUUAGAUCUGCGAGCCAGCACUUCCAUGGACCCACCAUCCCUUCAGUUAGCCCGCUCAGUGGAAGUUAGAUACAUGAAGCAGUGGAUCACAGAUUUCUAUAACAAUGCCAGAAAGAAACCCUUAGCAACUUAAAAAACAAAAAAAACCCACUUUACUUUCUCCUUUUAUGUUCCAUACCCUCACUUUGAUUUUUUAAAAUAUGUAAUUACUUUCUCCCAUUUGUCAUUAGAUUUGUUGGGCCAAGGCUGAUACGGAAGAGAGUGAUGGGGUGAGCACUGCCGUCCCACCCAGGUCAC